CUUCAUCGUAAGUGUUGAUAUACAGCAGAGUGAAUGAGCAAAUGAAGCUAACGGUGCUGGGGCAGGACUCCAUCGUGGUCACCUUCACCUCCAUGAAACAAACAGUUAGAGUAACUGUAUCGGCCAACGGCUGUCCACAUGGGAUACCACAUUAUAAAAAGGUGAAGCACAGAAUCAACAGGGACGAGGAAUGGUGUGCGCUGAACCGGUCCGUGGUGUACACCAAGAAGCAGUUUCAGAAGACUCUGUCCCGGUUCAUAAAUUAUAUCUUGCUGGCAGCAGGCCUGAGAGAAAUCAGCCGACCCAGGCCCACUCAAAGGAAGACCAUCGUGAGUGAAGCCAAAGCUGCGGUCACACCCAGAGGGAAGGCGGGAGAGGGAGAGGUGCACAGCCUCACCCUGUGGAAGGCCUUGCCCUCCAACUGCCCACUGCUGCUGCAGAAGCUCCUGCAAAAGCAAGACAUCGGCCGCGGCUGCAGGUGCUUUGUAAAGCCACCCCAGUGCUGGCGUGACCCCUACUGCCUGCUGCGGUAUGACCUGAACAGCCCCCUGCAGGAGGACCCGCCUCUGCUGGUGAAGAACAAUGCUGUGGUGCAGGGCAUGGUCCUGGUGAGCCCGGGUCCAGGAGGGGAUUCGCCGCCAACUGCCUGCCACCCUGGUCUCCUGCAGCCCCUGCCCUUGUGGAAUCACAGAUGUGGGAGAGGGGAGGAGAGGCAGUCCGUGGGAUCCUCUCGCCGCCCAGGCGGAGGCCCAGAGUGCAGAAGGAGUGACCGAGAGGCACGCAGCACGUAGAGCCCGUGAAUUUCCCAUUCCAGGAAAUGAAAGGGACAGGUGACAUUUAACCCGGCGGACCAAAUUCUCUUCAUCUGUUUGUUUUAAAAUCACUUUUACUAAAAAGUGGAGCAUAGAAACAUGUAUAUUCAUUGUAGAAAAUUUGGAAAGUACAGUUUAGAAACUCGUUGCCUCGUGCUAGGAUUCCUGUGUUCCCAGCGGGCCAGGUCCCCGCGGGCCCACGCCUCGUCUGUUCACGCAGCUCCCGGGAGCCCGGGGCUCACCCUGCUGGCGUUUUGCUGUCUGGCCUUUCGGUCUUUCUUCUGCCUUUGAGGUCCUGCUUUGUGAAGUACGAUUUUGAACUGCCGUGUAGCAGCCUGUCGUGUCGUUUCUCUAGCUGUGCUCCUUUUGUCUGCUGUUGAGGUUAUUUCCUAUUUUGUUUUUUUUUUGGCCAUAACAAAUAGCACUGUAAUGGAUGUCCCUGCACAGAAAUCUUUGGACAGCUCUCAGCUUGUUGGAGACUGACACGUGGAGGGUGGGCUUCAGAGAGCAGUGGGACAAGCUCCCUGCCCUCACAGGGCUCCCAUCCCGCGGGGCCAGCUGGUUGU